GUCACGUAGGUUGGUUCUCGCAGAUAGUCGUUCUCGUAUGUUGUGCUAUCGGUGUCGGGUCAUAAGUUAAAAGAAUUACGUUACAGUCAAUAAUUGGGACCCGGGUCGGGGAGUUCGCGGACUCCUAUGUCCCAGUGUGCUGCAGAGGGUACAGAAGGGUAGGUGAGCGAUGCUGGCGUGACGCAUGGCAUUUCGCGAGAAGGUAGCAUUGCCAGCCGGCGGGCAAACGAGUCGAAAGAGACGAAAGAGACGCUCACCCGUGGCCACCAUUUCGCAUCCUGCUUGAGAUGCUAGGAAACCUCGCUCGCUCGCUCGCCGAUCACUUUGUGUCUCUUUAGCAGUUCUCGCUCUGGUAUUGUCGUGACUACCAAACCGCCAGCCGCUUCAGUGCACCGUAUUAUUAUUUACAUUGCUCACCUGAUACUUUGAUACUUGUUACGCUUAAUUAUGUCAGCUUGUUUCUUCUUAUUUAAGUAGACAAAUUUUUUCGUAUAAUAUUUGAAAAUAGAUCUUUACCGGGAUAUUAAUUAAGGAUAGGCUAUCUGCGUUAUUUAUAUAUAUCCUACAUGGGUAUUUAGAUGCAAAUAGAAGCGGAUCAAAGAAAAGGGUUUAAAAAAAUUAUAUAAGAGGCCGAUAACCCGUGCAAGAGAGCGUCGAUCGUUCGAUUCUCCUUUCUCCCAAGUUAAUUGGCGAGGUAGUAACGCACUCGUCCGGUAAUUAACGUGAACUCGAGGGUGAAUAAAGUGGGUGGGAUAGGCACGAAGUGCAUAACGCGGAGGGAGUCCAAAAAAUGUCCCGUAAAUAAUAAUAGUAAUAAUAAUAUCCAGGAAAUAAGAUUAAAGUAAAAAAAAAAUCAAAGUAGCAUUCCCACGGUAGAGCCAGAGAAAAUAAAAUCCCAAAAAUAUACAAGGCUGCUUCACGCUACUGAUUCUUGACUUCGACGGGAAAAGUGCUGCUGCACGAGGACGAUAUGCGGAUGGCCGGAGGAUCCAGCGUUAGGGCGCCCUUAGGGAGGAAGAUGUGGAAGUCGGCAGAUGAACCCAGGGAAGCCCACUCGAGCUCGGACGGAACGAACGUUCGUCACGCACCGCGGCGAUAAAGCAGUGACGGAUGAUGAACCCCAGGUUCCUCUCGGCAGGGAACUCCUUUUCCACGGGCAGCGGUGAUCUUCUAAGAUGGUUAACGUGGUUGUGGCUGGGGUGCGCUCUGGUUUCCAUCGUCGUCUGCCAGAGGAAUUUCUACACCCAGAGCCGUUAUGGGAAACGUCAGGAAUCUGAAGGCCAAUCUCUCUUAUGGUCCGGCAACAGCUACGGGCGAAGCGAUACCAAUCAGAGAAAUACGAAAUUCGUGUCGAAGGCUGUGGAACUUUCUCCAAGGGGGGAUCGCUUCUUCAUGGGAAGUCGUUAUGGGAAACGGGUGCCUACGAAUUUAUUGGAAAUUCCAUCGAAUCACAACACAUUUAAAAUUGCCCUGGAUUAUUUAAAGCACGUUGGCCAACUUAAAAAUAAAAAUAAAAUUGAUUUCGACGAAGAUGAGUAUGAGACUCGUACUGAUCUCGAUUUAAUACCAGAGAGCCGAGAAUCGUUCCAGGAGAAGCUAACAGACAUCCUAUAAAUCUUCGGGUGUAGACUUUUGAAGUUUGGCCUUUUACGUUUGGAUUAUUGAGAUAUCCCGUUGGCAAGUGGAAGAACGGCAUCUUUAUAGAAGAGUUCUUAGCUCAGAUAGAAAAAGUAAAGAAUAAAUAUGAGGAUGAACAACUUAAAUCGUUGGAAAUUCUUGUCCUAUCGUGACAGCCGAUGAUAGUCGUCAGACUUCGUAUCCACCUUGUGCCCCUUCAGCCCCUGUACUCUGUAUAAUUGUAUAAUUUUUGGAAAAUUUGACGUUUAAAUAUAAUUAGAUAUAAAAACGAUUAAA